GACGCGGCAGACUGCGCCGCCAGUCCACGUCGGUGGCUGGGCCGCGAGCACCCAGGUCGCCGGAGAGCUCGUCAACCUGCUCCUCCAGGGACCCGUCCCCGAGCGGCGGCAGACACCAGCUGACGCGCCGCAGCUCCGCCCAGAUGUCCGGGCCGCCGUCGCACGCGCCCGCCAUCCGGCGGCAGUCCACCACGGAGGAGAUCCUGAUUGCCCGGGGCUUCCGGCGUCAGUCGACCACCGAGGAGAUGAUAAGAUGUCGCAACUUCAGGUACGGCAGGUACGCAAUCUCAACGACCCCCUCUCCUACUACGGUGCCCGAGGAAGGGCUGGGGCUCGACAUGGAGCUGCAGAUUCCCGGUACCGGUACCGGGCCGCCAUCCUACCGGCGCCAGAGCUCCCAGUCGGACGACACCGGCCGCUACAAGGGCCGGCGGGACUCGUGCGCGCAGAUCACGGACGGCACGCUGGCCACCAUGACCGUCGAGACGGGGUCCACGUUCUUCGACUCGAGUACGCAGACAGAUCCGUCCCCUCUGUACGACAACAACCACUAUCACGAGGAGUGCCUGCGCUGCAACUCUUGCGGCCUGAACCUGACGGGGCCCAACCAAAAGCGGGCGCGCCGCUUCAAGAACCACAUUCUCUGCGACCUCCACUUCGCGGACGUGGCCCUCAUGGAGUGCUCGGACUUCAUGCAGCAGCUGCGCAGUUUCAAGCCCCAGUCCCUGGGCUGUGCAGUGGCCCGCCGAAAGUCGUCCACCACCCUCAUCUUCCCGCUGCCGCCUCAAGCCUGCUCAGACGAGAUCUGCUCCGAGUACCCGCACAACCUGCUGCCCACGCCGGGCUACUGGAUCGAGUGCUCGCGCCAGAAGAUCCCGAACGACACGAUCUGGGACGAGUCAGAGUCGGAGCGCGAGGAGCGCGAGGAGGAGCGCGACCGGGGCCCCUCGGCCGGUCAGUCCAGCAUCCUUUAUACGCUGCUCAGGGAGGACGACGACGACGCGGACGACGAGGAUGGCCGGCGGUCGUCGUGCCUGGUGGAGGAGGACGGCGAGGACGACGACUCGUACACGGAGCCGCCGCCGCGCCAGAAGACGACCAUCGAGGAGCAGUGGGAGAAGAACCAGUGCUUCGAGCUCACCUCGGUGGAGCAGGAGACGUACGAGAAGUACUUCUACGGCACGGAGCACUGGAACUACUUCACCAGCGACGAGGACCUCGGCCCCGUCGUGCUCUCCAUCAAGCAGGAGCAGAUCAACGGACGCGACCAGUUCCGCAUCCUGGUGCGGGCCAUCAGCUACACGGUGCACGGCCUCAUCCCCGCGUCCUGCGUCUUCGCCGACCGCUACAACCGCGAGGAGGUGGUGCGGUCCCUCGGCAAGGAGGUCAACAUCAACCCGCCGCUCAUGCUGGGCCAGCUGCCGGACACGCCCGAGGAGCUGCUAAAGCUGGACCAGGUCUUCAUCAAGUCGGAGCUCAAGGUGGGCGUGCUGUUCGUCAAGGAGUCGCAGCACACGGAGGAGGAGAUCCUGGACAAUAACACCAACUCGCCGCUCUUCUCCGAGUUCCUGCAAGUCCUGGGGGAGCGCGUCCGCCUCAAAGGCUUCGACAAGUACAAGGGCGGCCUGGACACGGUGCACGACCUGACGGGGCUCUACUCGGUGUACACCAACUGGCGCAGCAUCGAGAUCAUGUUCCACGUGUCGACGCAGCUGCCCUACGAGAAGAACGACCCGCAGAAGCUCCAGCGCAAGCGGCACAUCGGCAACGACAUCGUGUGCGUCGUGUUCCUGGAGGCGGACAACACGCCUUUCUCGCCCGCCUGCAUCAAGUCCCACUUCCUGCACACCUUCAUCCUGGUGCGCACCUCGCCCAAGAUCAAGCGCAAGCCCACGCGCUACGAGGUGUCCGUGGUGACGCGCGACGAGGUGGGCGCCUACAAGCCCUACCUGUGGGAGCAGAGCGUCUUCGACAAGGGGCCCAUGUUCCGAGAAUGGCUGCUCACCAAGAUCGUCAACGGCGAGCGGGCCUCGUACUCGGCGCCCAAGUUCGCGCGCAUGCAGGAGCGCACCCGGUCGCAGAUGCUGGAGGACCUGGUGGCCAACCUGGCGAACCACGCCGAGACCGGGCAGAUCCCCAAGCCGUACCGCCGCGGCUCGUGGCGCCCCAUCGGCCACAUGCGGCCGUCCAGCCCGCUGCUGGACUCGGUGCGCGACCGCUUCGAGGACUACGACGUCCUGGCCAAGGACUUCAGCCGGUGCUUCCUCAACACGGAGGAGAACAUGGCGGUGAACGCGGGGCUGUUCGACGUCACGUUCCUCGUCGGCCAGAGCAAGCAGAAGGUCAAGUUCGUGGGGGUGCGCGCCAUCCUGGGCGUGCGCUCGCGCGUCUUCCAGGAGCUACUGUACGGCAUCCAGACGGGCUUCGGCUCGCCGCAGGUGCCCGUCGCCGAGCUGCUGGCGCGCCCCGUGCCGCCGCUGCACUCGCCGCAGAAGCCCAAGAGCAGCAACUUCCUGCAGGUGCCGGACAUGGAGACGCCGAGGCCGAAGAGCGUCCCCAGCAGCCCCAUGGUGAAGCGCGCCUUCUCCAGGCUGGGGAACCUGACGGCGGGCUGGGGCCGGUCCAUCCGCAAGCAGCAGAGCCAGCUGCAGGUCGAGGACAAGAAGAAGUGGGCGUCGUCGCAAGACUGUUCGAACAAGGAAAGCAAGGACCGCGACAAGGACAAGCAGGGAGGCCAGCUCGCGGUGCCCAGGCUGAGCGUGAGCGCGGACGAGAAGAUCGACAGAGCCAAGCUGGCCCAGACCGAGUUCAACAUCAUCGAGUUCGACCCGGAGACGUUCCGGCUGCUGCUGGACUACCUGCACACCAGCACCUGCCCGCUGACGUGCGCCAACAUCCCCGGCCUCAUCUGCGCCGCCGAGCACUACGACCUGCCCGAGCUGCUGCAGGCGUGCUUCCACCACGCCAAGCAGUUCCUCAGGAUAGAAGUGGUGUGCGUCAUGCUGUGCUCCCUGGAGAACUACUACUGGCGGUACACCUCGGCCUCGGAGCUCGUCAACAUGAUCCUGGCCUUCGUCGAGACCCGCGCGCAUCAGCUGUUCCAGACGCCCGACUUCCUCACGCUGUCCGAGUCCAUGGUGCAGAUGAUCAUGUGCCGGUCGCUGGAGGUGCCCGAGGUGCGCAAGUUCGAGGCCAUGCUGGGCUGGGCGCGCCACCGCAUCCGCAGCAAGACGUCGAGCAAGAUGGACGCCAAGCUGGAGUUCAAGAUGAUCAUGGAGCGGCUGGCGCGCGACCUCAAGCUGUACCGCAUCUCGCCGCAGGAGCUCAUCAAGAUCGUGCUGCCCAGCAAGGCCAUCAAGAACGAGCGCAUCCUGGAGACGCUCAUGUUCCAGGCCAACUCGGGCAUGUACCGCAUGAACGAGAGCUACCUCGAGGCGUGCCAGAAGCGGCUCGCCAAGCAGGACUCUCGCUUCAGCGAGUGGGAGUCGUUCGACGUGGGCCUGUAGAGUCUACAGUGCAGCGGCCACCCCGCGAAAUGCCCCACGGGGGGUGAACCACCGAGCCUCCUGCCACGCCCGUUGGGUCGUGGGUCCCACGGGGGGACGAAAACAGAAACGAAACCGAAAACGCGGAAAAUCUAGUUCCCGCUGAGCUGCCCCUUUCCCUACCCCCGAAGCUGCCUCCGGCUGCCUCUGCCUCCGGGACUGGCGUCUCGGGCCCCUCGUAUGUAUUUCCAAAGUCGCGAAAUCUUCCCGAAUCGCCCGCUGAGGCGGACCGCCCUACUUUAACCUUUAUUUGUUUAAUUCGGAAUAAUGUUUUGUCGCACAAAAAAUGUCGACUGGUAGUGUGUGAGUUUGGUGGGCAGCCGCGUGGCUUCGGUCGGGUGCACCGCAAGUCCUCGUCGCGCCACGGAGGGCGGGGACACUGCAGACGGGUUCCGAGAGUCAGUGUCGUCGCUCUGUCUCACAGCGACGAAAGCGGCUCUCGGAGUCAGUGUGCUGGCGGGCCGCGACCGCGCCGCGACUGGCUCCCUGCUCUUGUGUUGUUUUCGGUUCGGCGUGCGCUGCCCGAGUCUCAUUCAAGGCUGAAAAAGUCGGUUGGGUGGCACACUCUAAAAGUCGUCUAGUCGAGACUCUCCAUUCAAUGUACCUCUUAGAUAUUUUGUCGAAUUUCUUUGGUGUUGUGGAUAAAAUCUCCACUGUCAUGUCAGUGCAGC